GUGACCACUAACAGUGAACAACUACACAACCCAUACAACCAACGAUUGCGCCAAAAUAUGGCGCCUCGAUCUACAGCAGUGAACGUUUCUUUCACCGUCGACUCUGCUUCGGAAGAUGAGACACGCGACGAGUUAGAUAUAUUUCCUACCCCAGACUCCAACACCGAAAAUAAGGUACCGGCACGCAAACCUCGAGGGAAAGUCGCGCAAACGGCGAAAUCGGCCCCUGCGAUCAAGGCGACCGCGAAAACGCGCACGACAGCGCGUCGCACAAGUGGUAGCGGUGCCUCCGGCGUUAAGAAGCAAGGCGCAGGCGCCGCGAAGAAAACGAGCGCGAAAGCUGGUCGCAAGGCAUUGGCAGAGAAAGAGGUCUCCAACGGCAAUGAUACUGAAGAGGUAGACGAGUUUGAUGCGCAAGAAGAGGUGGUCGCGCCAGCACCAGUGAAGGCAACACGGCGGGGACGCCCACCAAAGGCAAAGGUGGAAGAGGAAGAAGUUGAAGCGCUGCCGCCAACAAGGAGAACACGCAAGACAGCCGAGAAAGAAAUUGCACCGAAACCUACCAAGGCCAAAAGCGCCGCCAAAACGAGGGUGACAAAACGUACAGCCGCGGUCGACCCGGUCCCUGAAGACUUGACCAUUCCAGAGACCCAGCAAGAACCAGAACCAGACCCAAUGGACGUGGAUAUUGAGCAGUCUAUAGAGUUGGAUGAGGUCCCAGAAACAAUGCCCCCUCCCCCGCCACCACGACCUUCAGCCCGUCGCAUACAACAAGAAGCGAAAACAGCGAGGCAGGCUUCUGCUGGUCCGCGACGGGCAGGCAGCGCAUCGGACACAGAGCGCGAUCCUGCAUUGAGACGGAAAGUUGGCGAUCUCACCAAGAAACUCGAGGCUAUGACAGCUAGAUACGAUACGUUGAAGGAUGUUGCGGGAGCUACCAAAGAGUCGAACUUCGAUCAAUUGAAGAAGAAAACCGAUCAAAUUUCCAAGGACCAAGAUGCCGUCAUCAAAGCUCUUAAGCAGCAACUCGCGGAAGUGCAGUCCCGUUCGGCAGACAUGCUUUCGCUGAAGAAGGAUAUGGCAAAACUAGAGAAAGAGAAUGCCCGCUUGAACGCCGAGAACAAGAAACUCACCGACUCUUUGGCAUCUUCCCAGGGUGAAAACAAGACAUUAUCUACAAAACUCGCAGCAGCACGCUCGUCAGCACCACCAGACUCCAAAAACAUUCCAGGGAGUGCAGUCAAACCUAGGACAACCGGGGUCGUUCUUCCAGGUGCAGCUGAGGCCGCGAAGGAAACGCAAUUCCAGAAACAAAAGGUCGACCUCUACAGCGAUCUGACCAAUCUCAUCGUUUUGGGCUGCAAGAAGAACGAGGACGACGAAGAGGUUUAUGAUUGUCUCCAAGCAGGCCGGAACGGAACUUUGCAUUUCCAACUCACUGUUACGGAUAAUGGUGAUUCUUAUGAAGACACGGAGAUAUGGUACACUCCGUUGUUGGACGAGAAACGCGACCAAGACUUGAUAGAAUUACUACCCGAUUACUUGACCGACGAGAUCAGCUUCCCCCGUGCCCAAGCUCCCAAGUUCUACACCAAGGUUGUGGAGUGCAUGGGGAAGAAGAUAGAGCUUGUUGAUCAGGAAUAG